CUCUGGGAGAUGAUGGCAGCGUCCGUCCUCACUCUCGUCCUCAGUCUUCUCUUGGCUAUUGCGUGCUGGAGUCACGAGCCUGCCGGAAUCGGUUGCCACCUACACUCUUUCAAUGUCACCAUCAAGAGGGACCCCGGGGGCAGCUGCCACAGCACCCACACCCUCCAGGCCUGCGUGGGCUACUGUGAGUCCAGCGCCUUUCCUUCAAAGUAUUCCGUCCUCCGGGCCAGCGGCUUCAAGCACAACGUCACUUCCGUCUCCCAGUGUUGCGCCAUCAGCAAAAUGCAGAAGGUCAAGGUGCAGCUGCGUUGUGGAGGCAGUCGGCCGGAGACCAUGGAGCUCUUCACAGCCAAAGCGUGCCAGUGUGACAUGUGCCGCCUCUCCAGAUAUUAGGAGGGGCAGAGGAAACAGCCCGUCCCCUGAUCUCCCAGCCUCUCCGAGGGCUGCCUGCAUCUCCUCCUCGGGGCUUCUGGGACUUCCUUAAGGCAAGGAAGGUCUCAGACCUCCAACUCCUAUUCGCAUUAUGAUGAUUUUCACCUCCCCUGAAAGUAAUCUGUUCCAGAUCAAGGAAAUUAAACGUUAGCAGUUGCAACAAGGAAUGGGAUUUCUCGGACUACGAAUGGCACAGCUCUGGGAUUUCUACCUGACCAAGAGACACCUGACAGAUACCUAAA